UAUUUGAGUAAUAUAUUUCAUUACUUGUUGAUAAAUUAAUAUAUGCUUAGUACUUUCCUUUUAUGGAUUGCCUUUAAUUUGAGUCGCGUAAAAAUUAAUUAAAAAUUAAAUGGAAAAUUCUAGUGAUAAAAGGAGGGCAGAAUUCAGUCAUGAUAUAAAUAAACAUGAUUCGGAUUCCGCCAGCUCCGAUUCGGCGGAUGAAGUCGACCUGCAGCGUAAUGUCAAAACAAGCGAGAACCAGCCCAACAAACCAAUUGAAUUGAUAUUUGUGGCACUUUCGUUUAUACUGAUGUUCAUCACGUUUCCCAUCUCCAUAUUUAUGUGCCUGAUCAUACUGCAGGAGUAUCAGAGGGCAGUGAUAUUGCGACUGGGCCGCUUACGUCCGGGUGGUGCACGCGGCCCAGGAAUGGUCUUUGUAUUGCCAUGCGUUGACCGUUAUCGCAAGAUUGAUCUGCGCACCAGAUCGCUCGAUGUGGCGCCACAGGAUAUACUCACCAAGGACUCGGUGACCAUCAGCGUUGAUGCUGUGCUGUAUUAUAGAGUCAAGAAUCCACUAGAUGUCGUCCUGCAGGUAAUUGACCCAGAAAACUGCUGUGAACUGUUGGCCAUGACAACGCUAAGGAAUAUUACUGGCGGCUACAUGCUCAUCGAGCUGGUCAGCUCCAAAAAGGCGCUGUCCAGGCAAAUUAAGACCGCACUCGAUUCUACGGGGGCCACUGAAGCAUGGGGCAUUCGUAUCGAACGUGUCGAAAUCACUGAUAUUUAUAUGCCAGAGUCACUGCAGCGUGCCAUGGCAGUGGAACAGGAGGCGAGACGUGAGGCAAUGGCCAAGGUAGCUGCGGCAAAUGGCGAACGCGACGCUGUCAAGGCACUGAAGAAGGCCGCCGACAUCAUGGAAUCGAAUCCCAUAGCUCUGCAGCUGCGCUACCUGCAAACACUCAAUACGAUUGCAAACGAAGAAACCCAGUCCGUUGUCUUUCCAUUCCCCAUUGAUAUUGUGCAGAAACUAAUUAGAUGAAUAAAUGUGUAACUGUAUAAA